CUAUUUACUCAUCUCUUUCCUCACAUUUAAACUACUGCUGGCCAGCUAUCGAAGAGUACCUCAACAUGACCGUUCAAGUUCACCUCUCAACCCCUGGGGCUGGCCCCUCUUCCGCUGCUGCCUCGUCCUUCGCUACUCCCGCCGUUGAUGUAGAGGACACGCUCCGUCAAGUCGUGGCUCGUCUUCGAAUGGCAAAGCGCAUCGUGGUUGUAUCAGGCGCUGGCGUCUCCACAGGUGCUGCUAUCCCAGACUUUCGUUCCGCAUCUGGGCUUUUCAGCGGAAAGACCAAGGGUGGCCAUUCGGUCAAGGACCUCUUUCACGUCCGCUGUCUUGCUCACCCGACGCUUCUUGCAAAACAUCACGAGCUCAUAACUUCUCUUUCGUCCCUUUCCACAGCCGCGCCGCCCACUCCCUUUCACACCUACUUGUCUUCCCUUGAUAAUGAAGGUCGUCUUCUCCGUUGUUAUACCCAGAACAUUGAUGGACUAGAAGAAAAGACAGGCUUAGCUGUGGGUAUCCCGUCAAACAAGAGAAAAUCACCAAAAGCAAAGGGCAAGGAAAAUGCCCCUUCCCUUUUAUCUAUAUCAGAUACACCCGAAACGUCCCUUGAACCCCCCGAGCCUCGUGUUAUCCCUCUACACGGUCUUCUUUCCACGCUCCACUGUACCUUAUGCCACACCAAACUCCCACUUUCUCCCCAUCUCCCUUUACCGCCGACUUCCGUCCCAUGUCCCACUUGCGAGCUUGCAUCUUCCAUCCGCUCAGCCCUUUCGGAACGAUCACGGAAAAGCGGUACACUGCGCGCGAGCGUCGUGCUCUAUGGCGAAGAGCAUCCAGAAGGGGAAUCGAUUGGCAAAUCGGUUAGCAAGGACUUGAAAGGAGUGGACAUGCUCCUUGUCUGUGGUACAAGCCUCAGUGUACCGGGCGUAAAAAGGGUUGUUAAGGAGAUGGCGAAAUCAGCGAAAUCGAAAGGGAGAGGAAAAGGAAAGCAGGGGCAAGAUGUGAAGACGGUGUUUGUGAACGAAGAACCACCCAGUAAAGGGAGUGAGUGGGACGGGAUAUUCGAUAUAUGGGUUCAAGGAGAUGUGCAAAAAUUUGUGAAGGAUUACCUCCAGAAUCCAGAUUUUGCUUCAACACCAACCAAGAGUUCACCAAAGAAGGUUUCCCCCUCUGCCACUACAAAACCAUCCACACCAAAACGCACUCCAAACACUCCGAACAAAAGAAAACUCCCAACAACCUACCUCCCUCCAACUCCUGUUUCACUCGAAAAGGACAACUCCAGUACCGGAUCUCCUCAAGUAUACGCUACUCCGACCAAACCACAAUCAGCAAAUGCCUCUGCUUAUGCUGGUAUGGGUGUACCCCCUACACCGCCUUUGACAGAUGAAAUACGCCCGACUAAGAGAAUGAAAGUGGAGAGAAGGGAGAGGGAGGUAUCGCCCACACCGACGAGGAAGGAUGAAGUAUCAUUGCCACCCUCUGUGGAGAUCCGGGGAUAAUCUGUGAGAUUGCACUCGUAAAUAUGGUUUGAAGGCGAUAAUAAUCUUGGGACAUCGAUUCUUCAGCUGGUCUUGAAGAACCUGGGUCAUGCUAUUACGAAUGGUCUUUUUAUAAAUCUUGCUUGCUUCCGUUUGCCCUGAGACAACGUCCGUUUUUGUCAUAGUGGAAUAGUUGUAAGUAAAUUAUACGUUUCUUGAUAGUGUAUAGCAUGCAGCGUCUUUUAAUGUGCUCAAUGAUACUGGGGUA